AUAUAUAUAGAGAGAGAGAGAGAGAGAGAAGUGAGAAAAAAUAGAAAACGAUAAAAAUGGAAGACGACUACUCUUUUCUUCUCUGUCAAGAAGAAGAAUCUUUUUUAGACGAAAAGCCGGCAGCCAUCGAAGAAAAUGGCUUUACUCGUAACUUAAACAAUCACAGUACUCCUGCAUUGAACGAACAUGUCGGCUGUGACGACAAGGACGUCGAUGAAGAGUAUAUUGAGAAGUUGUUUCGUAAAGAGACGAGUUUUGAUUUCAACCGGACUCGGUCUUUGUUUCUUGCUAACUCACUGAAACCUGCAAGAUUGGAAGCCAUUGCCUGGAUUCUCAGAACUAGGGAAGUGUUUGGAUUUCAUUGUCAAACAGCUUAUUUGUCUAUGACUUAUUUCGAUCGGUUCCUUUCAAGGAGGUCGAUUAAUAUAGAAUCAUCACAGAAGGUCCGGUUACUAUCAGUUACAUGUCUCACCUUGGCUGCAAAAAUGGAGGAGGUCAAGCUUCCAUCAAUAGUAGAUUUUGAUUACGGACUUGAUCGUGAAGGGAUUAAAAAAAUGGAGCUUUUGUUACUGGAAACAUUGGAAUGGCGAAUGCUUUCAGUGACUCCAUUUUCCUUUCUCCAUUUCUUCAUCUCCAAGAUGUGUAAAGAUUCUUCUUCAUUCAGCAGUGUUGUUUCCAGGACCGAUCAAAUAAUCUUAAAUAUAAUGCAAGAGAUAAAUCUAAUGGAACACAGACCAUCUGCAAUAGCUGCAGCUGCAGCAAUGCUGGCAUUGGAGGAGGAGAGACUAUCAAUAGAAGAACUGGAGAGUAAGAUGCAUCCCAUCUCUUAUUCUGGCUUUCUCGACAUUGAACAAGUGUUUGCAUGCUAUAAUAUAAUGCAGAGACAAGAAAUGGGGAUCAAUACAGCUGAAGUUUUCUGUAAUGAUAGUAAUGAUUCUCCAGUGCCUUCAAGAAAUACCUUAAGCAGAAGGAGAACCAGAAGAAGAUUGACAUUCAACAACAAUGUUCUGCAAAAUGAAAAGAGACCCACGUAG